AAAGAUCGGAUACUGAACAGAUGAAGAAAAUGCUUCGCGGGGUCAUUUUCUGUUUGUGCUGCUACCAUCAGAUUGAUGUGUUUGGUGAGUCUGUGUCGGUGACGGAGGGAGAUUCUGUGACUCUAAACACUAAUCUCACUGAAAUACAUGAACAUGAUGAUAUACUGUGGAAAUUUGGAGCUGAACGGUUUCAAAUAGCUAAAAUGAAGAAAAGGAUUCGAAAUGUUUCCACAUAUGAUGGUCCUGAUGGGAGAUUCAGAGACAGACUGAAGCUGGACGAUCAAACUGGAUCUCUGACCAUCAUGAACAUCUCAACUCAACACGCUGGAGAUUAUGAGCUAGACAUAGCCGGAGCGAGAAAAUCUUUAAAAUCAUUCAGUGUUUCCGUCUACGCUCAUCUUCCUGUUCCUGUCAUCAGCAGCAACUCUUCAAACUGUUCUUCAUCUUCAUCUUCAUCUUGUUCAUUGUUGUGUUCGGUGGUGAACGUGGGUCAUGUGACUCUCUCCUGGUACAAAGGAAACAGUUUAUUGUCCAGCAUCAGUGUGUCUGAUCUCAGCAUCAGUCUCUCUCUACCUCUGGAGGUGGAAUAUCAGGAUAAAAACACCUACAGCUGUGUGAUCAACAACCCCAUCAGAAACCAGACCACACAUCUGAACAUCAGUCAGCUCUGUCACACGUGUUCAGUUCCUCCGGACUCAGUGUCUCUGGUUGCUCUGACCUCUGCUGGAUCUCUGUUGAUUGUCGCUGCUGUCGGGAUCUUCUGGAUCUGCAGGAAAUAUAGAAAAAACGAUCAGGAAGGCAAGUGCUAUCUACUAUUUUUUAAAAAGUUAACAUUGUAACAAAUAAAACUUUUAAAAUAUACUUAAAAGAAAUAUUUAGCCAACUGAUGAUGGCCUAUUUUAUCGUUUAGUUAUUGUUCUCAACAUUUUUUUGGUCAACAUUCUUUGUAUGUAAUAUCUGUCGGGUUUGACUAUGUCACUAGAUCGCACUAAAAUUAGUAUAUAAAAUUGUAUAUAACAAUACUGAAAUUCCCUAUUUACUACUCACAUAUAACCCAAAGCCGAGUCUGUAAUUAUCAAUCUGCAUGAACACUGAAAAUGCAAAAGCAUGAAUGUUUAAUUUUAAUUAAAAAAAAAUAAUAAUUUUAUUUUUAUUUAACAUAAUCUUAUAGGCAUAAAGGUGCAGCUGGUGCUCAAACUACCUACUAAAAGGUCCAGGGGCCUUAUUUACAAAAUGCUGAGCAGAAAGCAUCCUAAAUUUGUUCAUUUCUCAGAUAUGCGUACUCGAGUUUCACAGAAAAAAACUUUUACAUGUGAUAUCUGUGUAUAACAAAUGAUUUUGAACGUGCAUGCAAAUUAAUGGUUUCAGCUCUCUGUUUGCAAACAACUCCUAAUUAAUAUCAUUAAAGGAGCUUUAUGUAGUGGUUGAACUAUGUAUUGCAGUCUAAAUUAAAAAUAUUGGAGAUAUUUUUUUUUUUUUUUUUUUACCCGGCUCCUCCUACUCAGACUUGACACACACGCAGGUUGCCAGAUACCCGCUCAGAUCCCUUUUAGUUUGCCAGCUUCCGUGACUGAAAUGAAAUAUGCUCUGUUUUCCGCCAACUGGCAACCCGGGAUUCAGAAGCAUGAUUGGUUAAACUGGCAGCGGGCGGGUUCCACAAACCAAAAAGAAAAUAACCGACGGUAGAAAUUUUAUUUUGUGCUUUACUAGAGUCAAAUUCCUACAUACAGCACCUUUAACGUGUGUGUGUGUGUGUGUGUGUGUGUGUGUGUGUGUGUGUAAGUGCUCUUUAGUUGUCUAGGACUGGGUUCAGUUGUUUUAAUGCAUGUUGUUGUUGUUGUUGUUGUUGUUGUUGUUGUUGUUGUUGUUGUUGUUGUUGAAACAGCUAAGACUUCUGCUGAAGAGUUAUCUUACACUGAGAUGACGUUCAACAGAACAACCACAGAGGAAACGGAAGUUAAAGGGGACGAUCAUGUGGAUUAUGCACCAAUCGUGAUGAGGUGAUGAUCGAAAGUCAAUGCUUUUCUCAGUGGUUUUCACUAGAAACCUCCAGCAGUGACCUCAGCGGAGUCGGUGGUUAAGUCUCCUAAAGCUUCAAAAGACGUCAAUGCAUUAUUCAACUCUUUCAGCCCAUUGGAGCAUUUUUAUUUUUUUACUCUUAUCAAAAUGUAGAUUCAAAAGGCAUGGAAGUAUUGAUUAUUUACGUCUCUACAGGCACGUGGUAUGAUCUGAGUCUGAUGUGUGUUCGUGAGUGUUUCUGUGUCAGUAACGUGGUUGAAAAGCACUUUCACGUCAAUGCAUGAAAAUUAAUAUUUGCACAAAUGCUCCUGCGAGUGAUUCUCUAGUCAUGCAGCGCUAGUUUCAGUAGUUCCGGCUCAAGACUUAUCUUAAAGCAAAGAAAGGCAGGGCUCCCGUCUGCACACUAAACUGUAAUGUUCCUGUGUUUGUAUGUUAAAAUGGCUAACCAGGAAUCAAAUGCAAAGAAUAAAUUAUUUAAAAAUG